AUGCUCCGCAUUGCCUCCUGCCCCAUCCCCCUCUUUACGACUUCCGCGCCUCCGCGUUGCCGUCACCAUUCUCGCACGAUAUGCCCUGCUGCCAAUGGCUACCUGCCACGUGGCGCAGCCGAGGCCACUACUGAGCUCGCGGAGUGGCUUGAUGGCGGGGUGCUGCGCUGUGGGCAAAGGGGGAGGCGGAUGGGCCAGCUGAGGCGGAUGGGGCGCGCAGCUGCGGCUGGAAGGGGCGCGGAAGUGGUCAGGGUGGGGGAAUGGGCAGACAGGCGGCAGCGCGGGUGCGGUUGGGCGAUGACGCCAGCUGCGCGCGGCUGCUGGCGAGUGAAGGGGCGAGGGGCUGAAUGGACAGUGGGGAGGACGGCGGGGAGGAUUAGCGGGGGAAGGAUCUGGGCGCGCGCAGAGUGGGGCGAGAGCGGCUGUGAGGAGGCACGUGAGGGGGGUGAGGCGCGGGAGAGGGGAGGAGGAGAAAGUGAGAGUGGGAGCGUAGUGGAGGGAGCAGAUGCAGCAGGGAGCGUGUGGGAUGGGUGUGGAGGUGGAGAGGGCGAGCGCGGCAGCAGUGGAGGCGGCGAUGGGGUGUGCGAGGGGCGGCGGCGGUUCAUGAUGGUGCUGGCGUACGACGGCACGCACUUCCACGGUGAGACGCGCAUACGCCAUGCCACCCCCGCCGCAUAUUCCCCGCCGCGAGACCCCCGCCCGCACGCCUUCUGGCGCCCCUUUGAAGGCGCACAGCGAAGCUGGCAGCGGCAGGCGCAUCACCCCACGGUGCAGGGGGCGGUGGAGGCGGCGCUGGUGACGUACACGCGGGCGAGCAUCGCCUCGCUGGGGGUCACCGGUGCCUCGCGCACCGACGCUGGCGUGCAUGCGUGGGGGCAGGUAGCUCACUUCACCACCGCCUCCCCCAUAUGCGACCUCCCCCGCAUGCACCGCGCCCUCAACGCCCUGCUGCCGCCCGCCAUCCGCGUGCGCUCGCUGUGUGCCGUGCCGCUCUCCUUCCACGCGCGCCUGCAUCCAUGCGGCAAGCGCUACCACUACACCGUGCUCAACAGCCCCACGCCGCACCUGCUGCCGCACCGCCGCUCCACGCUGCUCUCCUACUCGCGCGGCCCGCUGGACCGCCAGCUCAUGGCGCAGGCAGCCCGGCUGUUCGAGGGGCGGCGGGACUUCGCGGCGUUCGCCAACGCGUGUGAGGCGAAGGAGAAGGGCGCGGUGAGGGAGAUCACACGGUUCGAGCUGGUGGGCGAGGCGGACUGCUGGCAGGGCGUGGUGGAGGAGGGAGAGGCGUCACCCGUGUUCCGCUUUGAGGUGGAGGGAUCGGGGUUUCUCUAUCGACAGGUCCGCAACAUG